AUGAGAAUUUAAAACACUUUAUUGAUAAUAUUUGCUCUUUCAGGAUUGGCUCUUUGUUUUGAUUCCUAAUACUGCUUAAAUGAAGGUCUAUCUAAUAAGGAUUGUGGAUGGUACACUAACUGUUUGGAAAAUGCUUAUAGCUGUGGAUCAGAUGGCUAUCCUGUAGGAUAUGGCUUUAAAUACUGUAGUAGAUUUGUUGAAAAGUACAACAACUUCUCAGCUCCUGCUAAGAAAUGGAUCGAUGGUACUUUAUCUUGCCUUAAAACCUCUUUGAAGGAUACUCUUGUCAACAAAAGCAAGUAUACCUGUGACAAUGUUAAGAAAAUUGCUUUCGAUUCUCACCCUAAAUGUUAUGUUGAAAAUGGUUUCUGCGAAUUAUUCACUAAAGCAGAUAUCUAAGAAAUCUAUUCUACCAUCUUAUCCCUAACUUCUGUUUACUAAUUCAUGGAUUUCUUGUCACUCUAAUCUAUCAAGUAAGUAACCGUCGUAGCAUAUGAAUGUCUUCAAUCUAAACUUUGA